AUCUCGAGGUCGAAUAUGAGAAUCGAGUGAAGGGGGGAACCCCUGCCUAACAUUGGAUCAUAUUUGAUUGUACAUUUUCACAUUCAAACCGGUCCCAGAACUUCGAUUGGUAAAUUUUCUUUGACACUUUCAUCCAAUUUAUAUUGUUGAUUGCGUAAAAAGUUGUUGAUGCCAAGAAAAAAUAACGAAGUAAAAAAUGAGAAGAAAGAAAAGUCUUGUCAAAAACCAAUCGAGAGUGCAGAGUUGCCAGUUUGUGUUGUAGUGAUGGCGCUGCCUAGCGGCCAACGGAUGUACUUGCGAGUUUUUCACCUGUGGCAAAUUGCCGAACCUCGGAAAAUAAACCUGUGGGAGCUUCCUUCAUUUCAGCCAGUGUACUGGGGGCUGUCAUAUAACUCGGUGUGGCUGUUGGUUUUGGUUUUGUUUGACUGUUUAACACUUGACUGUGUUAAACUAAAUAGUUGUGUGGUGGUUUUCUUGGGAUUUGUUUGUUAUUAUUAUUUUAUAUAAUAAGUUACUUCGCUCUGUGGUAAUUCCUAUUUUAUUCCGGGGGGGAAUUCUUCAACAUUUUAUUCUCUUGCUACUCGUGGGUGUUGUUCGUUUUACUUCGUGUUCCUCUCUCUCUCGUUCUACGAAAAACUCGGCACAAGUACUUCUCUCUACUCGACACAUUUCGGGAAACAUUUCACUAAACAACACAAAAGAAAUACUCUCUGCCAAGUACCGCACGUCAUCAUAAUCUCAACACCUUGGACUGAAGAUCUUUCUGUCGAUUGUCUCCUUCUCUCCCGAUCCUCGGAACCGGUUUAAAAUCGUCGUUUUAGAGUCGUAUCUUAUUAUUAGAUUUUGUGUGUCGUGUGCUGGAACUGAGGCAACACAUCGCCAACUCUCUCUCGAAUAGUGACUCAAAAUUUAAAAAUUCGCACCAUCAACGUCGUAACGGAACUUUAUUAUAAUAUUUAAUCGACCACCCCUUUCCCCCCGUUAAAACCCCCCCUCAAAAAACAACAAACAAAUUAGCCAACUACUACUCUGCAAGAUAAUAAUCUCUACGCCAUGGCGACGACGUAUUUGAGCGUGGUUCAUUUGGCCACAGCCGGUCUGAAUGGUCCUCUACUCGGUUCUGACGAAGAAGAAAUCGUUUUCAUCUGUCUGGUCGUUGUCAACAUGCAGACCAACCAGGUGGUGACCGUGCAAGACUACUGGGUUAAACCACGUUCGGCUGAUAUCAACGAGAAUGUCCUUUCGGAGCAAGCCAGAGAAGAAAUGGGUCUCUCCGAGGAACUCAUCCGUACCAAAGGCAACUCGCUGGAACAAGUCCUUUCUCAGGUGGACAGUUUUCUGCAGAAAUUGUCGACCGAAGUGGAGCAUAAGCCGCCCACUGGCCAGCCAACGAAUAUCGUGAUCGUGACCGACGGCCAACUCCCUUUACGCCAGUGCCUGUUGCCCGAGACGUGCUCCAAAGGCAUCAACGAUCCUCCGGCCGUUUUCGGCAUCUUUUACGACUUGCGCAAAGAGUUCCGAAAAGGAUUCCCGAACGCGCCCGAAAUCAACUCGAUUCAAGACAUGAUCAACUAUCUGAAUUUGGAGCCGGAAGAAUCAGCUGGUGUAGUUCAGCAGAAUGCCACGAGGAGAGAGGCGCAAGAUAUGGGUCGAAUUCUCCAACGACUUUUGAAAGAAGGUCACAAGUUCGAGAACCCAGAGACGAUCCAUUUGCGACUCGAACCUGGCAUUUGUUCCAAGGAUGAAGAGGUAGACAGUAACACAGUCGUACGAGCACGUGGUCUACCUUGGCAGUCAUCGGAUCAGGAUAUCGCUCGAUUCUUUCGCGGUCUCAACGUUGCUAGGGGCGGAGUGGCGCUCUGCUUGAGCCCUCAAGGAAGACGGAACGGCGAAGCUCUCGUCCGAUUCAUUUCGCCAGAGCAUCGCGACAUGGCUCUCAAACGGCACAAGCAUCACAUCGGACAGCGAUACAUCGAAGUCUACAAAGCCACCGGCGAGGACUUUAUCGAUGUCGCUGGAGGUAGCAACAACGAAGCGCAAAACUUUUUAUCGAGAAGUGGACAAGUUAUCGUACGCAUGCGUGGAUUACCUUACGAUUGCACGGCAAAACAAGUUGUGGAAUUUUUCGAAUCCGGUGGCGAAGACGUCGGCUCUACUGUGCUGGACGGAGAUUCUGGCGUUUUGUUUGUCAAGAAACAUGACGGACGGGCAACGGGUGAUGCCUUUGUCAUGUUUGCUACAGAAGAGGAGGGCUCCAAGGCAUUGGCUAAGCAUCGUGACAUAAUCGGCUCCCGCUAUAUUGAACUCUUCCGGUCGACGACAGCGGAAGUCCAGCAGGUUCUUAACCGGUCCAUGGAUCCCCGCACGUACGAAACGCAAGCGCCGUUGAUUCCGCAACUGCCGCAGAUGCCUCUCCUUCCACAAAACAUGAUUACGUCUGGCACACGCAAGGAUUGCAUCCGUCUGCGUGGCUUGCCCUACGAGGCCCAAGUGGAACACAUCCUCGAGUUCCUGGGCGAACACGCCAAGAGCAUCGUCUACCAGGGAGUUCACAUGGUCUACAAUGCACAGGGUCAACCUUCUGGCGAAGCUUUCAUCCAGAUGGACUCGGAGCAAAGUUCAUUCCAGGCGGCCCAGCAGCGCCAUCACCGCUACAUGGUGUUCGGCAAGAAGCAGCGCUACAUCGAGGUGUUCCAGUGCUCUGGCGAGGACAUGCACGUCGUACUGACCGGCGGCCUGGCCCUGCCGUCGACUCCGGCCACUCCAAAGGCUCUGCUCUCUCCUGGCGGAACACUGCUGCCCCACCAAUCCUACGGUACGUACCCGUUUGGCCAACCACCACAAAUAAUCCCGGCCGUUAGUCCAUUGACCCCUCGUCCGUCGCCCUUUGGAUAUCCUCCCAUCUUCUACUGGCCAUAUCCGUCACCGCCCGUUAGCCCCACCAACUACUACGGAGCUGCCAAUGGGUCGGCCGCUGCAGCUGCGGCUGCCGCAGCCGCCGCCGCCGCCGCCGUCGUGUCAGCCGCCGCGGGAGGAGCGAACAAUGGCUCAGUUGACACCAGAUUGCAUCCAAAUUCAUCGCAACAAUGACGGCCGCCCAUCCGGAGAGGCUGUCGUCAAUUUCCCGAACAGAGCUGAAGCCGAGCGAGCCAUAGCGGAGAAAAAUCGCCAAAACAUCGGCACGCGAUACAUUGAACUCUUCAUGACAUAAACAGCCACACCGCACCAACAUCGAACGAGAGUGGAUGAGGAUAGAAUCCGAUUCGCGAAGAAGAAAUAAUUAAAAAGAAGCAAAUUGUCUUGGCAAAUCGGAUCUUCUUUCCAUCCCACUUUGAAAACCCUUUCUUUUGACAUCUAUCAUCAUCCGAAUUCGGAUGUUUCUCAAAUGAAUUGAAACUAUCGAAAUAUCCUCCAAAAUUUUAUUUUCUUUCCCCCUUUACCUGUAGUUGAUUUUCUAUCUUCAGUUUGGCAAUAACAUUUUGUUUUCUCCUCUCUACUGGGGGUUGAUCGUGCAAAUCUGGAGUCGCCACGACAACUCCAACUAACCCAGCAAAAGUUGUCCCGCACUCCGAUGUGAUGUUGAAUAGGUUUUUUUGGUCCUUUUUUUGUGCAUACGACAAUGCGAUCAUUGCCCACGUCAUCUAUUAUUAUUUUUUUGUUUUGUUUUGUUUUCGAAACUGUUUGCCGAAGUCGGUAAAAGGAAACGUCUUGAAUCUUGCCACUAAGGCAUUGCAGUUUUGACACACAAAGUCGAUCUAAAAACGUCUUUUGAUAGCGUUUGUUUUUUUUUCCAAUUACAUUCAAUAGCUAGCGUAUUUCAAUCGCCUGCUCAUUAUAGUAAAUUGCCUGAUAGCUCUUUUCCUUCCGCACUCGUUGCGGAUUGUACCGUCUUAAUUUAUGUUUUGUCCUACUCGUUUUUUUUUUUUAAUUUGCAGUUCAGAAUGUCGAUUGAUUAGAGUGAAGACCGAUUUUGGCAAUGAUUUGAAGAAAAAAAAGCGCAAAAAGCUUGAGAGUUCCCAACCAAAUAUGUUUUAUCUCAAAGUUAAAACUUGUCAAUGACAGAGAGUAAUGUGGAAUAAGGAGUACUUUCUGAAGAUGGUUUCAUUGAAAAGAAAAAAAUUCUUCAAUUAACAAUAUCGAUUUUUUUUUUCAAAGUUUAUUUUCAUAGUUUAUAUAUUCUCAUUCCUCCCAAAUUUAUUUCACUCCCAAUUGAAAGGAAAAAGUUACGAGUUCGUGCAAUAACUGAUUCUGCGUUUGAAACAUUUCAGAUUUGCCAUAGUACUUAAGAUGAAACUAAAAAAUCUAAUUGAUAUUGAUAACCAACCGAUGGACUAUUUUGCUGUCUGCAAAUAAGGAGAGCUAUAAGGGUUGUGAGGUACCAUCGUAUAUCAUCGACCGCUGCCCUUGUACGUUGUUGCACGUCAAAUACUAGUUUACAUAGAUUUUGAUUGAUAUUAUCUCUCUUCCCCUUUCUCUUAAUUACUUUCUGCACUCCCCCCUCCCCCUUUUGCCCUACUUCAGGCUCCAGAAAGAGCAUACUUUUCGUGUGUAUUGUUUUGUCACGUGUCUUUUGCAACAAUGAAUUACACAUCUCUUGAACGAA